ACAGGCUCGUCCCUGCAUCAACACACACGGCGGGCGACUCGCUCCAUCACACAACAACUCACAGCUCCUUCUACCAACUGCGCUCACUGACGGUCUACCCAGAGGAAGAAGAAUAGGAGGAAGAAGAAGAAGAAGAGGAAGAAGAUGCCUCUCCAGUCCACGCUGUCCGGCAGAGGCUCCAACAGGGCCGAGGACACGCAGUCGAACGGGAAGUCGUUCGAGCAGCUGCGGAGUGAAUGUCUGCAGAAAGGCGUCCUGUUUGAGGAUCCAGACUUCCCCGCCACCGACUCCUCGCUCUUCUUCAGCCAGAGUGUUCCUGUCAACAUUGAAUGGAAGAGGCCAAAGGAACUCUGCGAGAACCCAAAGUUCAUCGUCGGCGGCGCAGACAGGACAGAUAUUUGCCAAGGACAGCUCGGUGACUGCUGGCUCCUGGCAGCCAUCGCAUCCCUGACCCUCAAAAAAGACGCCCUGGCCCGAGUCGUCCCGCACGACCAGGACUUCGACGACAGAUACGCCGGCAUCUUUCACUUCCAGUUCUGGCAACACAACAAAUGGCUGGACAUCGUGGUGGACGACCGGCUGCCGUCGGUGAGGAAUCAGCUCAUCAUGCUUCACUCCGCCUCCAACGACGAGUUCUGGAGCGCCCUGCUGGAGAAAGCCUACGCCAAACUGCACGGCAGCUACGAGUCCCUGAAGGGCGGCAGCACGAUGGAGGCCAUGGAGGACUUCACCGGCGGCGUGGGGGAAAACUACGAGACCAAGAGCGCUCCAGAGAACCUGUUCUCCGUCAUGAAGAAGGCCCUGGACAGAGGCUCCAUGAUGGGAUGCUCUAUCGAUAUCAGCAGCUCUGCAGAGUCUGAGGCCAAGACGUCCACUGGCCUGGUGAAGGGACACGCGUACUCCAUCACGGGCCUGGAGGAGGUGAAUUACAGAGGGAGGCCGGUCCAGCUGAUCCGGGUCAGAAACCCCUGGGGUCAGGUCGAGUGGAACGGACCCUGGAGUGACGACUCCAGAGAGUGGAGUUACGUCGACUCAGCGGUCAAGAAUCGAAUCCUGCAGAAUUCAGAUGACGGAGAGUUCUGGAUGGAGUUCGAGGACUUCAAGAGGAACUACGACAAGGUGGAGAUCUGCAACAUGACCCCCGACGCCCUGAGCGACGACACGAAGCGCCACUGGGAGGUCAGCGUGUUCGAGGGAAACUGGAUCCGCGGCGCCACCGCUGGAGGCUGCAGGAACUUCAUCGACACAUUCUGGACCAACCCGCAGUUCAAGCUGCAGCUGGAGGACGCUGACGACGACGACGACGUGUGCAGCGUGGUGAUCGCUCUGAUGCAGAAGAACAGACGGAAGCUGAGGAAGGAGGGCCUGGACCUGGAGACCAUCGGGUUCGCAGUGUACGAGGCUCCAGAUGAAGUGGACCAAGUGGGGAAAGACUUCUUCCGUUACAACGCCUCCAAGGCUCGCAGCAGGACCUACAUCAACAUGCGGGAGGUGGCGGAGCGCUUCACAAUGCCUCCUGGGAAAUACCUGCUGGUGCCCACCACCUUCCAGCCGCACCACGAGGCCGACUUCCUCGUCAGGAUCUUCUCUGAGAAGAAGGCCACGGCUCUGGAGAUGGGGACCACGAUUGACGCCGACCUGCCAGAUCCGCCUCCACCCAGCGAGCCGCAGGAGGAGUCAGAGGAGGAGAAAGGCCUGAGGAGGCUGUUUGAACAGCUGGCCGGUGCGGACCAGGCGAUCUCUGCCAGAGAGCUCCAGCAGAUGCUGAACGGCGUCCUCAGCAGACGAAGGGAAGUUAAAUUUGACGGUCUGACUCUCGGCACCUGCCACAGCAUCAUCAACCUGAUGGACGUGGAUAACUCAGGAAAGAUCGAGUUCCAGGAGUUUAAGGUUUUCUGGGAAAAGAUGAAGAAGUGGAUCAUGCUCUUCUUGUCCUUCGACACCGACCGCUCAGGCAAGAUGUCGUCCUACGAGCUCCGCAGCGCUCUCAAAGCUGCAGGCAUGCAGCUGAACAACCAGCUCCUGCAGCUCAUCUGUCUGAGGUUCGCUGACGACAACUACGACAUCGACUUCGACGACUACCUCACCUGCAUCGUCCGCCUGGAGAACAUGUUCAGAGUGUUUAAGGCUAUGGAACAAUCCAGGAGGGGUCGUGUGAACAUGAACAUCAUGCAGUUCCUGCUGCUGUCGAUGAACGUCUGAGGAGACGCCACCAGAGGAUCAAACCCCAGCAGACGGCCGUGAUGUGCAGCGUUCAGGCCGAUCUGUGACCGCGCUUUUAUUUUGUCUCUGUGUCGGGACGUCAACAUGUUUCUGCUCUCUGAGCUGCUGAUGUGACUCGCUGGGAUCAGGUGCUACACUCUGCAGAUUUUUGGACAAAACGUUGUUUUAUUUUAUUUCCUCUCUGACAGAAAUGGAAAUAAACAUUGAAAAUAAAACUUCUGGCUCUGAUGUGGGGAAGUGAUUGCCAGGUUCUUGUGAUUAGAAGAAUGUUUUGGUGUUUAUUGAUGAGCUUCCACGUUGGUUUAAACUGGAGUUUUCAUGUCAAAUGAUCAAGUAUUAAUGAAUUGAAU